CUCUCACAUCCACCCUCGUAACGAUGAGCGUCAAUAUGGCAGACUCACUGCACCAUCACCACCACCACCACCACCACUCACAUCACGCAUCACCUUCCAACCACGCAUCGUCGUCCUCUCGCCCGCAUAUGUUCGGCCUCCGUGACGCAACGCCAGGUUCCGCCUAUCGAUCAGGUCAUCUCGCUCCGCCAGACUUCCUCGUCCCCGCACCUCCUGCAUCGCACACCUACGAUCGUAGGCGCGAGGACGAUGAGACAGAAGAGCGCGGUGUCAGCGAUGCAGGGCGAGUGAUCAUGCCUCAGCUUCAGCAGAGUCAGCAGGAGAGGCAGAUGAUCCUUGCUGCAGGUCAAGGAGAUGAGCCGCCGAGCUACUUUUGGACGUUUGACAAGGAUGGGAGGCCCGUCAUCUCAAGAUACAACCUCUCGAAGCCAUCUCCCAAUGCUCUACCGCCCGCAGGAAAUCGCGGACUCAAACUACGCCCACUCACGUCCCUCGACCCGCACCACGACCAAUGCGACCCCUCCUCUUCCCGCGCUCCGCCCGUCGAACCACAUCGCUCUCUCUUUCGUAACUGCAUCCCACCUUCGGACCCACUCAUCGCCAGCCAUGCACCCAACUGGAAUGCGUAUGGCCGCCUCGCUCCUUGGACUUCGGGCGCUACGGGACCCUUGACGGGGACCGGCGAGGAAGAGGUAGGGCCGACGGGCGUUGCAGCUGGUGAAGAGGGAGAGGUGGGGGAGCGUCGUCCCCGCAGAGGGGAUAGGGAGACAAACGAUCGGCUCAGAUUGAGGAUUGCAGCGUUGCAACGGGCUGGUGUGCGCAGCUUGUUGAGCGACCCUCCUCCGCGAGAGCGAGGAGCAGUCAAACGUGAGGCCCGCGAGGACUCGCCGCUCCUCCUUGCUUCAUCGGCCAAGCCACCCGCGCUUCGCUCCUCUUCAGCCUCAAAGCAGGCCGACCACCCGCAAGACGUCGACUCGUCCGACGCCCUUUAUCUCUCCUCGUCCUCUCUCGCCCCCACCCUUCUCCAACCCGUCCUCUCACCGCUGCAGCUCCUCCAAUCGCGAACCCUCCGGCACACAUUCCGCAAUCCGCACAUUGGUGCCCUCGCAAAGACGACGCUCGAUCUGGCAGAAGCCGAGGGCGAUGUGGUCAAGGCCGUAGGCGGUUUCUGGGCAGCACUAGAGGAGGACAAUGGGGGCAAGUGGGGCGUCAAGAGGGGGACAGGCACAGCGAAGGAGGCUUGGGAGGCCAAGAAGCGGGCGAGGGAAGAGGAUCAGGCCGCUGGACGAAAGAAGAAACGUGCACGUCCGCAACGAUCUCGCGCUGAGUACAGUCCCUCUACCGUGGGGACGGCUGGCGCUGGAGGUGGGAAUGCGGCUGCAGCGGCUGCGGCUAACGGCGGGGAAGCCGUGCCGAUGAUUGGAGCUGGUGGUCACAUCUCGCUGGAUGAGUUGAACCCUACCUUUUACAAGUUGGAGGAUCUCUUCAUUACCAGGGAGGGACUGCCCAUUCCCGUGCAGCCGCCUGGACAGGAGGGUGGCGAGGGCGAGCAAGAGGGUGGACAGCAGCAGCAGCAGCAGCAGCAACAAGGCCAGCAGCAGCAAGAGGUGAUCGUCGUCGAUGGCGAAGGAGAGGAGGCGGCAGUGCAGCAAAGCCAGCCUCGUCAAGAAGAUGCCCAACCGUCGGCAGAGCAAGGCAUGGAUGGAGAUACAUCGAUGGCUGCUCCUGAAGCGGAAGCGGCGCCUGCAGCUACGAAAGAAGAAGAGUCGCAAGGUCAGGCCCAAGAUGGUCAGACACCAGGACGAGGAGGUGAAGCCGGGGCACCGUCGACGGUAGAGCCUCCUACUACCGCCGCCCCAAGCACGACGGCAGCAACAGAUGAGCAGGACGUCAAGCCCGCGGGUCUGGCCGCUCAGCCAGCAAGUGAAGCCAACGCGAUCGACGGUGCUGUCGAUACUGCAGCUCAACCUCCUCACGGCCCCACUGUCCCAACCGACGAAGGACGUGCCUCUGCCGACCCCUCAGUCGCCGAGCAAGGCGCAUCACAAGGCGGCAGUGACGUUCCGCUCACCCUCCCUCCCACUUCACAACGGGAGAUCCUCCUGGCCUCCCUCUCCUGCCUUCACGAUCUUGCAUCGGACAGCGACGAGUACCUGCGUCGACUGGAGGAGGUGAGGGGGAGAUUGAGCGAGGUGAAGCGUAAGAGGGAUCGCAUUUGGAGGGCGUUGCGAGAGUGGGCUGUUAAGGGUUUGGAGGAAGGGGAAAAGGAGGAAGAGAGGGCAGAUGAGACGGCGGCGGAGGGGGCAAGUGUAGCUUGAGGGCAUGAGAGGUGAGGGUUGUCUAUCGUUUCGUUGAGUCGUAAUGCGUACAUUGAAUCGUGUCAUGGGGCGUAGCAUGCUGGAGUGGCGUCGAUGAUGUCUUCGUCGACGUUGUGCUCGUCCUCUCCUUCGUGGAUAAGCGGCACGGGCGAUCCAUUGUGCUCUCGCCGGACCGUAGCUGCCUCCUCUCUUGCUUUCCACUUUCCCCUCGCUUGAUCGAGCAUUUCUCUCACUUU